UUAUCUGAACUAGUCACAGUGCGACAGCAUUAAGAUAGCUGUCCUACUCGAGGUGUUAGCUUGUGAUAAGCUGGCCAAUUUGUAAGAGUAUAAAACAAGCACUGCCUGAUAAUCUGAUCAGCCAGUUAUAACAUUGUAGAAUCUAGGUGCAAUGAGCGUCGCAACCAUCACACAGGACAAUUUUGGGAAGACCAAGGACGGUCAGGAUGUGAACAGGUUCACUUUCACCAACAAGAACAACGUCACUGUCAGAGUGCUUGACUAUGGCUGCAUCAUCACUGAAAUCCUUGUCCCAGAUAAGAACGGAGAGGUCAAGGACGUCAACCUCGGCUUCGACGGCAUGGAAGGGUAUCUGACGCGCUCUCCUUAUUUUGGGGCUGUUUGUGGCCGGGUGGCCAACCGAAUAGCGGGUGGAAAGUUCUCGCUAGACGGUCAAGAGUUUCAACUUCCGGUCAACAAUGGCCUCAACUGCCUUCAUGGUGGUGUCAAAGGUUUCGACAAGGUGAUUUGGGACACCACUGUUGAUGGUGACCGUCUUUUCUUGCGUUACGUCAGUGCUGACAAUGAAGAAGGCUUCCCAGGGGAGGUAACCACGACAGUAUCGUACAGACUGUCAGAUGACAACGUGUUUUCUAUCGAGUACACGGCCACGACAACGAAAGCCACGCCCAUCAACCUUACCAACCACUCUUACUUCAACCUCGCUGGCCAGGGAACGCAGAAUUUAGAUGGUCACGUGAUACAGCUACUCGGGGACCACUAUACUCCUUUGAAUGAAAACAUCAUCCCUACAGGUGAAGUGGCCCCGGUGAUGGGAACCCCAAUGGAUCUCCGAAAGCCAGUGUCUGUCCCUGAGAGGAUGAAAGAGGUCAACGGUGGCCUUGGGUUCGACCACAACUUUUGUGUUGGGGAAGGAGCCAAGCUUAAGUUCGUCGCCAGGGUUGAACAUGUCCCAUCAGGACGUGUUAUGGACGUCAGUACUACAGAACCAGGCCUGCAAUGCUACACCUCCAAAAAUCUUAAACCAACACUCGGGAAAGGAGGUGUCACCUACCAAAAGUUUUCCGCUAUUUGUUUGGAAGCUCAGCACUAUCCCGACAGUGUCAACCAUAGUAACUUCCCCGAUACGAUACUCCGACCAGGCGAGGUUUAUCAACAAACAACAACGUACAAGUUUGGGCUGGCCGAAUGACCGGAACCGGAAACGGCAACAUAUCACACGAACCCAAACAUAAUAUUUACCGAAAUGAAAUGCGAAGAAUGUCGAUAUUGAAUUAAAUACUGCAUUUUAAUAAAUGAUAAAA